UCUGGCCCAUGACGGUAGGUGUUAUAUAAACGUCAGCCGUUGUGCCUGAGCCUUCUGAUCACCCCUUUCCAGGACUGCUCAUGGUGCUGGACAUUCCCCAGGAGCGAGGGCUUAGCUUCUUGGACCACAGGUACCUCGAUGGGCUCGAGGUGUGCCGCUUCCCCUUGAUAGAAGCCCUGCGUCCGCUGCCCCUCGACUGGAUGUACCUCGUCUACACCGUCAUGUUUCUGGGAGCACUGGGCAUGACGCUGGGGCUGUGGUACCGCCUGAGCUGCCUAUUGUUCCUGCUGCCCUACUGGUAUGUGUUUCUGCUGGACAAGACCUCCUGGAACAACCAUUCCUACCUGUAUGGACUGUUGGCUUUCCAGCUGUCCUUCAUGGAUGCGAACCGCUACUGGUCCCUGGACGGCUUGAGAAAUCGCUCUAAGAAGAACGCCCACGUCCCGCUUUGGAACUACACGGUCCUGCGUGGACAGAUAUUCAUUGUGUACUUCAUUGCGGGAGUGAAGAAGCUUGAUGCAGAUUGGAUUGGAGGCUAUUCCAUGGGCUCCCUGUCCCGGCACUGGCUCUUCAACCCCUUCAAGCUGGUGCUCUCUGAGGGAAUGACCAGCCUGCUCGUGGUACACUGGUGUGGGCUGCUGUUGGACCUGUCGGCCGGCUUCCUGCUCUUUUUUGAUGCUUCCAGACUUAUUGGCCUUAUCUUUGUCUCCUACUUCCAUUGUAUGAACUCCCAGCUCUUCAACAUUGGUAUGUUUCCCUUCGUCAUGUUGGCCAGCAGCCCCCUCUUCUGCUCCCCUGACUGGCCCCGGAGGUUAGUUACCCGCUGUCCUCAGUGGCUCCGAGGCCUGCUGCCGACCACGGCUGACGCCCAGCCCAGUUUGUCCUGUGUGUAUAAGAGAGGCCGGGCCAAAGGCAGCUCCGGGACCCGGCUGCGACAUCGGCUGGGAGCCAUCUUCACAGUGUUCUAUCUGCUGGAGCAGCUCUUCCUGCCCUACUCCCACUUUAUUACCCAGGGCUAUAACAAUUGGACCAAUGGGCUCUAUGGGUACUCCUGGGACAUGAUGGUGCACUCUCGCUCCCACCAGCAUGUCAAGAUCACCUAUCGAGACGGCCGCACCGGAGAGUUGGGAUACCUUAACCCUGGGGUGUUUACACAGAGUCGGCGGUGGAAGGACCACGCAGACAUGCUGAAACAAUACGCCGUGUGCCUGAACCGCCUGCUGCCCAACUACAAUGUCUCAGACCCCCAGAUCUACUUCGACGUCUGGGUCUCCAUCAACGACCGCUUCCAGCAGAGGCUUUUUGACCCUCGAGUGGACAUUGUGCAGGCUGCUUGGUCUCCCUUCCGUCCAACCCCCUGGCUACAGCCCUUGUUGCUGGAUUUAUCUCCUUGGAGGGAGAAGUUUCAGGAGAUUGAGAGCAGCCUAGACAACCACACUGAGGUGGUGUUCAUUGCCGACUUUCCUGGCUUGCACCUGGAGAAUUUUGUGAGUGAAGACUUGGGCAACACUAGUAUCCACCUACUUAAAGGGGAAGUGAUCAUAGAGCUGGUGGAGCAGCAGAGGAAUCUCUCCCUUCAGAAAGGGGACAGGGUUCAGUUACCAGCUGGGGAAUAUCACAAAGUGUAUACGGUAUCAUCGGGCCCUUCCUGUUACAUGUACCUCUUUGUGAACACCACAGAGCUGAAGUUGGAGGAAGAGUUAGUGAAGUUACAGGAACUCAAGGAGAAAAUAGAGAAUGGGACUGAAUCCGGACCACUGCCUCCAGAGCUUCGCCCCUUGCUGGAGGGGGAAGUGAAAGGUGGACCCGAGUUAACUCCUGUGCUCCAGACCUUCUUGCGUCGACAACAGCGUCUCCAGGAAAUCCAGAGGCGGCGCAGUUCCCCUUCCUAUGAAAGGUUCUAUCGCUUCUUGCUUCGAAAGCUCUACAUCUUCCGCCGAAGCUUCCUGAUGACUUAUAUCUCUCUGCGCAAUCUAAUCCUGGGUCGCCCCUCCUUGGAACAGCUGGCCCAGGAGGUGACCUAUGCAAACCUGCGGCCGUUCGAGUCACCUGCAGAAUCCACCCCUUCUCGGGCGGUUAACUUGGAUGCCAAUACUGAUCCAGAGUCAAGUUAUACACAUACACACUCAGAGCUCUGAGUUGUCAGGGCCCCUGCAUUUUAUGAGAACCAAGUUACGUAUUUGUAUAGAAUAACGUUUUUGAAGUCAUUUUUAAAAAAA